CCUGCCCCCCCCCCAAGCUGUGAUGUAAAGCAGCUUUACGCAAUGCCACUGCAGACAGUGUAGAAAGGGCAGGAGUCCACCAGCACUCAUACCACUCCAGGGGGAAGAGGUGUCCUGAGGAGCAGGGGACAGUCCUGGAGGGACACACAGCAGGACAGAGGCGAGAGACACAAGGAAAGGAUCUUUCCAACAUGAAGCUGGCAGCAAAUCUUCUCUGUUUGUUGGUGUGCAUCACCCCAGGGAUCUGUGACAGGGUCUAUGUCCACCCUUUCAAUUUAUUUGCUUUCAACAAGAGCACCUGUGAGGAGCUGGAAAACCUGGCCCAGGGAGGAAGGAAAACUUUUGUCCCUGUUUCCAUCGAGUCUCAGCCCACUCCUGGCUAUGAAGAGGAGCUCAAGAAGGAGAAGGUGGAAACCCCCAUCCUGAGUGGUCGUGGGAGGCAGAAACUGAGUUACCUGAAGGAUUUUGUGUAUGUCCUGGGCCUGAGGUUUUACAGCAAACUCCGGGAAGCCCGGCGGGGCCAAAAUGUGCUCCUGUCCCCAACCACUCUGUAUGGCUCCUUGGUGUCUUUCUACCUGGGGGCCUCAAACCAGACAGCAGCAGAUCUGCAGGGUUUGCUGGGCUUCGUUCCUCCUUCUGGAGACCCUGAUUGCAGCUCCAAGGUGGAUGGGCACAAAGUCCUUGCCAGCCUGAGGACAAUCGAAAGCCUCCUGAGGAGCAGGGAUGAGGAGCUGCUCUUUUCCAAGAUGCUUUUCCUAUUCUCUGCUCCUGGGCUGCCCCUACACCAGCUCUUCCUGCAGGAUUUGCUCCCUUCCACUGAUGUCCUCUAUGCCCGAGCCGUUGAUUUUACAAACCCAGGGGAAGCCUCCAAGCAAAUCAACUCCUUUGUGGAGGCCAAAAGUGAGGGACAGAGCAAGAGUCUGGUGACAGACACAGAGCCUUCUGCAAACCUGCUCUUUGCUGUGGAUGUCCAGCUGGCAGUGAAGGUCAAGCAAGCCUCCCAGCUGAAGGAGCCUCAGGAGUUCUGGGUGGACUCAGACACAAAGGUUUUGGUGCCCAUGCUGUCAGUCAGGGGGACAUUCAAGCACAGAAGUGAUGCCAGUGGGACAUUCUCUGUGGUGGAGCUGCCCCUCAGCAGCUCGGUGCUGCUGAUCCUGCUGCAGCCCAAGGAGGGCAGGGACCUAGAGCAAGUGGAGUCUCAGCUGCCCUUGCAGUCCUCAGCUUGGCUUCAGCAGCUGUCCCCAAGAGAAAUUAAAUUAACACUGCCAGAGCUGACAGUAGAAGGCAACUCUGAUCUCCAGGAGCUUCUUGCAGACAUGGAACUGCCUGCACUGCUGGGGAAGGAGGCAGAUCUCAGCAAAAUAAGUGACUCCAGUCUAACAGUUGGAAAGGUAAUAAAUAAAGCCCUUUUCAAACUGAGCAGUGAUGGGACAGAGCAGCCUGAAGAUCCCACAGCACAGAAGGAAGAUUUGGAAAUCACCCUGAACAAACCAUUCCUUUUAGCUGUGUUGGAAGAGAAAUCCAGGGCAAUGCUUUUCCUUGGCAGAGUCACAAACCCCCUGCUGCAGGGGGCUUAAAUGCAGACAGAGGGGGUGAGGAGGGAGGGGAAUGAUCUGCAUUUCCCAGCACCUUAUUCAUCAGCCAGUUUUAGGAUCUUGUUGUGCUGAGGAAGGUGGUGUUUGAAACACAGCUUUGGGAAAGCUCAGACAUCACAACCAUUUCAUCCUUGCUCAUCUGUUCCACAUCAGGUGACUCAAACUCUUCCUCCAGCUCCUUAUUCCUUAUUCUUUCCUUAUUCCCACCUUAUUUCCUUAUUCCCUAUUUCCUUAUUUGUUACCUUCUGCCCCCAGCUCCUUUUUCCAGGCAGUUGGGAUAGUAGCCAGCAGGGCAUUGACUUAAACCCCCUAUUUUUAGAGGCACAAGAAGCCUUUACUACAGAAAAGUAAAGGAAUGAAGAGAUCCUUUUUCUAAAAAGGUCACUUUUUAAUUUUUAGUUUGGUCAUUUUUGCAGCAAACCCCCUUUAACAUUACAGUGAAAGCUUCACUGACACCCACAGAGCUUUCUAGCUUCAACGUUUUCCUUUCUGAUGCUGUCAACAGCAGGAGCAGCCUUUGCUUGGCCCACUGAGACAGGAUUUUUUUUUGGCUUUGGAAGCAAAAACCCAUUUAGAAGUUUCUUCUUGCUGCACCCCAGAUGGAUAUGUUCAUUUCUUAACUCUGUGGAAAAGCUAAAAAUAGGAUUUGGUGUCACUAAUGAGCUGUGAUGGAUAAAUUCUUACAGCCUGCCAGAAUUCUGAGUUGUUUUCUGUUGGUUGUUUUUUUUUUUUUAGGGAAAACAAAAGCCUGCUAUUCCAAUACAAUUCCAUUCUUUGGAUUACUGUCUAACCUGAGGCAUUUAUUACAGCCUCCUAGUGAAAAAGAGCAUUAGUGGUUAGAACCCAGACCCUUAAACCUUUUAAUAUAUCCAAGCCAUAUGUUCUUAAAAAAAAAAAACCAGUACUAAUGGCAAUAUUCUAGACUAAUAAAAGCAGUGGAUGUGCUGCUACACCUGAAUAAAAAGGCUUAAGUGGUCCAAUCCAA